UGUUCACGGGUCACAUGACAGCGGACGAGAUGACCGCGUGAAGAUAUUACGCAAAGGCACUGCAGAGGUAUAUUGUUUGGAUCUUACUGGCACCAAGAUGAAGUCUUCCAUCAACAGACUUGUCCUUGUCCUCUACGUCCUGGCAAACCUCACAAUGCAUGUCGCAGACAGUACGGUUGAGAUCCAGUGCCCCGAGGAAUCCUACCUGAAUGAGCCUUCUAGUCUGACCUGCUCUACAUCUCAAGCCUUCUCUAACAUCAUUUACAAGGCUCCAAGUGGGAACAGUCCACAGUGUUCACAAACGGGCUGCACACCUGUCAGCGGAUUCCAGGCAGUUCCUAUAAACUCAUCUUGCACUCAACUAACGAUACUGAAGGUACAACAGAGACAUGCAGGACAAUGGGGGUGUGCUGAUGGCGACAAUAACUUUGUGUAUAGCAGUCUUGUUGUUGCUGAAAGGAACCCACCAUGCAGCAUAACCGUUGACACCUGUCCAGUUCUUCUGCAUGAGAAGAUAUCACUGACAGUAACCAUCCAGAACUACUAUUGCUCUAUAGCUUUCAAGGUUUCACUCCGUGUCGGGAGCGUUCGGGAGACACUGUCUACAGGUGUACAUGUGACUGGCCCUACAAAUAUCACCGCUGUCAAAGAAAUAAAUAUGACAAAAGAACACUUUGGGGAUGUACAACUGGAAAUAAUCUGCCAAAAGAGUAGGACAAUUUCCUGUGGAGGCGUUACAGUUUUACAUGUUCCAGAUACUUCUCCAACUCCUCCAACUCCUCCAACGUGCCCCUUGCCUCCAGGCAAUAGAGGACAAGUCACCAUUGCAGUCGUGGUUACCUUCUUCGUCACCAGCUUCCUAUGCAUUCUUCUGGUGGUUAUCGUGUACAAAAGAGAGGAAUUGAGGGAUUUCAUGGGAAGAAUUCACCCGGCAUUUGCAAAGAAGCUUGGCCCAACACCUGAUGCUCCCGAACAGACUAAGGACGGCCAUUCACAGUUCACUCCAGCAGUGAAAGCGUAAAGCUAUAAACUGUCUUUGAAUGGUUCCAACUUAUUAGUAAUUCAUUAUAUCUAGCUCUGAUAUACCUCGUCAGAUGACAAUAAAUAAAUAGCUACUGGGAAUAAUAGGUUACCAAUCAUGCACAUUGUCUAUAGAGACUUAUAAUUUUAUGAUAACCAGCGCUAAUUUUACACGUUUAAGAUGAUAUGUAUCUAACUAGCUACGCGAAAUUAUAGCUUACCAAUCAUGCACAUUAUCUAUAAAGACUUAUAAUAUUAUGAUAACCAGCGCUAAUUUUACACGUUUAAGAUGAUAUGUAUCUAACUAGCUACGGGAAAUUAUAGCUAAGCAAUCAUGGAUUGAUUUAUAAUAUUAUAAUAACCAGCGCUGCUAUUCCACAUGAAGGAUGAAAAGUACCAAACUAGCCAAGAGAAAUUAUAGCUUUCCAAUCAUGGAAUUAGUCUAGAGAGACAUAUUAAUCUGUCUUAUCAAACAGUGACUUCAUAUACAUUUGGAUGCAGUUUUGCUUUGCAUAUGAUUGGCAUUUUUGACAAUGUAAAACCCCUCAUCGAUUUAUCAUCUUAUUAAUUAUGUCAACAAUUUGUACAUGUAAACAUAUUAGUGAGUGAGUGAGUGAGGUUUUACGCCGCUUUUAGCAAUAUUCCAGCAAUAUCACGGCGGGGGUCACCAGAAAUGGGCUUCACACAUUGUACCCAUGUCGGGAAUCGAACCAGGGUCUUCGGCGUGAAGAGCGAACGCUUUAACCACCAGACUACCCGACCGCCUAUAUAAACAUAUUAGAUGUCGUAUUAUGAUCUAUAGUAUUUCAUGGAUAGGUCAUUUCAACUGGUGUUAAUUUUAAUAACUUAUAUUUGUGUUAUCUUGACGUGGCGCAUUUUGCAUUAAGAAUACUCAAACUAGCAAUAGUGUGCAAUAUUCGAUUAUGCCAAUAAAAAACCCGUUGAUUACUGAAAA